ACGAGAAACGUCAUCGAAAUUUACGAAUCGUCAACAAACCGGACCCCGUUCAUCAACACACAGUCUGGAAAAUGGACUACGAGAACGAAAAAGUGAUAAAAUUUAUCUUUCCCGAUGAUUACGAAGAACUGUCCGCCCAAGACACGACCGACGUGGUCGAUUAUUUGCUCAAGCUGGGCACCUACAAGGCGGAAGACUUGAAAAAGGAAAAAGUACGCCUGCAGGACGAACAUCGGCAGAAUGUGGAGCAAACGCAGGAUCUGGCCAUCUCGCACUAUCCCACGUUCAUCCGGACGGCGGAAAGUUCGCGCGAAAUCUAUCGCGAGUUUGUCGCGACGGAAAGGAAGCUCGAUUGUUUGAGCGACAAGUGGCCCAAGUUUAUUGCCGCGUGUCAAACGUUCCAGCAGGGCUCGGCGGACAUUAAUGCGGCUCGGCGGCUGAAUUCGCUCACGCUGCUGCGCAAUGCGGAGCUGCUGGAGGUGCUCGAAAUACCGCAGCUAAUGGACAGCUGCAUACGGGAGGGCAAGUACGAGGAGGCGCUGGAGCUGUCGUCGUACGUGCAGCGGUUGAUGACGAAGCAUGGCAACAUUCCGGUAAUAGCGAGUAUUAACGAAGCGGUGGAAGCGGCCUGGCACACCAUGCUAAUGCAGCUGCUGACCCAGUUGCGCACCGAUCUGCAACUCCCCAAGUGCCUCCAGGUCGUGGGCUAUCUGCGCCGAAUGCAAGCAUUUACCGGCAGUGAGCUGAAGCUAAAGUUCCUCCAAACGCGAACCAGCUGGCUGAAGGAUGUGCUUGCCACCAUCCCGUCGGACGAUGCGCAGCUCCAUCUGACGAAAACGAUCGAAGCGACGCGGGUGCAUCUGUUCAACAUCAUCACCCAGUACCGUGCCCUGUUCCCGGACGACGAAGACACGUUCAGCCCGGUCGGCGCAACCAUGGGCAACGAGCGAAUGGCAGCGGGUGACGAGGGUAAGAUUUUCCACAGCUGGCUGCACGACCAGAUCAUGGACUUUGUGCGUACGCUCGAGCGAGAUCUCGCCUCCAACGAUCUCGUCUCGUACGACACCAUACUCGGACAGUGCAUGUACUUCGGGCUAUCGUUCAGCCGCGUUGGGAUCGAUUUCCGUGCGCUCGUGGCGCCGGUGUUUGUGCGCGUGAUUGGGAACAGAUUCCGUGCCACGAUGGCUCGUGCGACCGCCCAGUUCGAGCGGGACAUUGAGCGGUACACGCUGAUCAACAAGGUGCCGAGCAUGAUACGGCGCAACCGGCAGGAAGAUCGUACGAAUCCAGUGGACGACGCGGGCUCGGUGCAACCACCGGAGACGCUGCUUGACUUUGAGCCGCUUGCGCUGUACUGCAAUGCAUUGCUGACCAUGUUUAACGAUUUACGGCUGUGUGCACCGGUUGCCCUCGCUACCAUGGUGACGGAGCAGCUGGAGGGCUCGCUCGAGCAGGUGUGUCGCGGAAUACUGGGAUUUUACCGGCAGGAGCAGCAGGCCUUUGCACCGACCGAGCGCGAAUGCUUCAUUCGGCUCUGUUCCUGCUUUGCGUACGAUCUGCUUCCGUACCUGCAACGGUGCGUGCAUGUGCUCUUUCCACCGACCACGCUGGCGAGCCAGCUGGGCAUCAAUGUGCUGACGCUGCAGAAGCAUGGCGUAACGUACCUCCGGCAGAGGAAAAUACUGGAACCGAUCGCUUACCUGCUGCCGGACCGGAUCGAAACGGUGGUCAAGCAGGUGGCUGAGCUGAGUGUUACCGGAAAAGAAGUGUCGGAGGAGGCGGAGGAGAAGGAGGAGGAGAAGUUGAAGGAAAAGGUGCCCAGUGGUGAUACAGUUAAUGUUCCGGAAGAAGAAUAAAUAUUUAAAAGGUGAAAAGAUGGAA